UGACCUCAGUCCACCUCAGACCGGAGAGCGGCUUUAACUCUCACCGAGACUCUCCGUGAGUUUCCACUCAAUCCUCCGUGUCAAAGGCGAGAUCUGUGAUUCUUUUCCAUCGCUCGGACCUUUGGCAGCAAGCAUGUCUAUCCCGCAGCUCGGCUAUAAGUACAUCAGACCGCUGUACUCCACGGAGCGGCACGCGGCGGUCGGUGCGCGCGUCGGCGCGGAACUCAGCGCGUCGGGCUCUCUCUCCAGCGUCCUCUCCAGCAUGUACGGAGCUCCGUUCGCCAACACGCAGGGAUACAGCGCUUUCCUGCCCUAUUCCAACGACCUCACCAUACUCAACCAGCUGGGCUCACAGUACGAGUUUAAAGACAGUCCUGGGAUUCAGCAUGCAGGGUUUCCUCACGCUCCCUUCUACCCGUACGGACACCAAUAUCAGUUUGGUGAUCCGUCCCGACCCAAGAACGCCACCCGUGAGAGCACCAGCACCCUGAAGGCCUGGCUCAGCGAACACCGGAAAAACCCCUACCCCACGAAAGGAGAAAAAAUCAUGCUGGCCAUUAUCACCAAAAUGACCCUCACUCAGGUGUCCACAUGGUUCGCCAACGCCCGCAGAAGACUAAAAAAAGAGAAUAAAAUGACUUGGGUUCCCAAAACGAGAACCGACGAGGAAGGAAAUGUGUAUACGAGUGACAACGAGGACGGAGACAAGAGGGACGAGGAUGAGGAAAUAGACCUGGAGAACAUUGACACGGAAAAUAUCGAAGACAAGCAGGAUUGUGAUUAUCAGGACGAUGAAAAAUCAGUGUCUAAAGUUUCUGAUUCUGAGGAAUAUGAUGACGCGGGAGCUGAGAAGAGCUUUAUGAAUGAUAUUAUGAAAGACAGAAGAGACACAAACUCAGAGGAGGGAGAGGAGGACCAAAUCAAAAAGAGUCCGGCAGCACAAGAGCCCUCAGAUAAUGCGAGUCCACCUCAGAAACCAAAGAUCUGGUCUUUGGCUGAAACCGCAACAACGCCGGACAGUCCCAAAAAGUCCUCGUGGAUUCAGAGGAACUGUGAUGCUCAGACAGUCAGGAAUCCUCUCCAUGUUCAAAACUGGACCAAAAUGGCUUUUUCGGCCCAUCAGAUGGCUUUAACCAGCCAUUACCUCGGACUUAAACACCAAACCACCUCAAACAGCCACAUACAUAUGAAGCAUGGAGAGCAGAGGACUCACAGCCUAUGAAACAAAUCACACAUUUAAAGACUUUUUUCAUGUUUUUAAAAGAUUUUUCACUUGGAGCGUAACACUUAUUAUGAAUCAGAGAAAUAUCCGGUUUCUACAUAAUGGAUGCCCUGAAUUUAUAAUAGAUUAAAGCUGUCUAUUAGCUCUUUAAUUAAAAUGAGAUUAUAUUAGAAUAUAUUUUAUAUUGCUGACUUGUAAACCUACAUUUCAUUGUGUUUAAUUUGUUAGAAUCAUUUGAUAAAUCCUGUGCUUUUAUCUGUAGGAUGCCCAGUUUGUCUUUGAGUCUCACACUGCGGUCGGAUUCAGACUUUACCUAUUUAAAAACAAAUAAUGAAUAGAUUGUUCAAUUACCGAAUUAGUCACUGAGAGUGAUAAUAAUUAAUGGAGGAACUAGUGCCUAUAUGGGAAUUUUAAAAGUCCUCUAAUCAUGUCUUAAAACACAUACACAUUCACAGCUUUGUUUGCAUGAAUUAUGAUUGGAGUAAGUGUUGCAUCCACACCUUUGUCUUAUUUUAGCACAUCCGUUUUAAGGAUUCGCAAUAAUAUCAUACCAGAAUUUAUGCUUAUCUUCAAGAAGUGAUUUGACUGUUAUUAAUUUUGUUGUUGGUGUGGUUUUGUUUCCCCAAAUGCCUUGUUUUGUCACGUUGCAUUUUAUAUGUCAUGUUUUGUCUGAAUAUUUGAAAUAGGGUAAAACAAAAUAAAUAUUUCAAAUGGUUUUGUAAAUGAAAUGAAAAUGUACCUACUUGAAAUAUUGAAAUAUUGUACAA